CCAUCAUGCUUUACCCACUGAUUCAUUAUCAGCCCUGGGAAGAAUCUGAACCGUCCUCUCCGGGGGCUGAGAGAGAAGGAUGGCGGGGGGGCCGGAGGUCGUUGCCCCGGUGACGUUUGAGGAGGUGGCGGUAUAUUUCACGCAGGAGGAGUGGGAUCGGCUGAACGCUCGGCAGCGACGCUUGUAUCAGGAAGUCAUGAUGGAGAACUUUGAGCUGGUGACCUCCGUGGGUCUCCUCCUUCGUAGGGUUAAUCGGCCUCAUCUGGAACCGGAAGAGGCAACCAAAGUGUCUAAAAGAAGAGGAAGGCGCCCAAAGUCAUAUGGGGGGAGGCCUGUAUUACGUGCUGUAAAAGAAGAGGAGAAGGAGCUGUCGCCGUCCACGCAGUCUGACAUGAAGGGCCACAGCUACAUCGGUAGUGAUUUUUGGGAGUCUCCCGGCCUCUCAUUUGACACCCUGCCGUCCCAUCUCCAGGGGUCGGACCUGAAUGGCAAUACCCUGAAGAGCUCCCGCUUAUCUGCGGACAGACCGUACUCCUGCUCAGAUUGUCACCGCAGCUUCAUUCGAAAGUCCCACUUGACCAGCCAUCAGCGGACUCACCGCGGAGAACGCCCCUACCCCUGUGAGAUAUGUGGCAAGAGCUUCCACUACCGCCACCACCUGGUGGGCCACAAACGCAUCCACACGGGGGAGAAGCUGUUCUCCUGCGAAUACUGCGGAAUCGGGUUUAACCAUAAAGGGAACUACCAGACUCACCAGCGGCUGCACACCGGAGAGAGGCCCUUCUCAUGUGACCUGUGUGGUAAAAGCUUCAACCGGAAGGCCGACCUGAUCACACACUGUCGGAUCCACACAGGGGAAAGGCCAUUCACGUGUUCUGAUUGCGGGAAGAGCUUUAGCCGUAAGCAGCACUUGGUGAACCACAGGCGCAGACACACGGGCGAGACCCCAUUCCCCUGUGACCAGUGCCAGAAGAGGUUUGCCCAUCGGAAGGCUUUGCUGCGGCACAAGGAAGCGGUUCACUCUACGGAGCGACCGCACAGCUGCCCAGACUGUGGGAAAGGAUUUGCCUGCCGUUCGCACCUCCUCACCCACCAGCGUGCUCAUCAGAAUGGCGCUGGCAGCUGUGGGGGUGAAGAAAAACCAUUUUCCUGCGCCCAGUGCCGCAGCAGCUUUGAAGCUCAGCCGCACCUACAGGCGCAUAGGAAAACCCGCAAGGGUGUGUCCGGUGAUCGACCUUUCAUCUGUUCGGACUGUGGGAAAGGAUUCAAUACCAGAAAAUACUUGAGCCGGCAUCAGAAGAUUCACACCGGCGAGCGGCCAUUCCGGUGCAAUGUGUGCGGAGACCGCUUUAGUCAGAAGCCUAACCUUGAGCGGCACAAGAACAUCCACAGUGGGCAGCGGCCCUUCACCUGCCUGGUAUGUGGUGGAAGCUUCUACAAGAAGCACAACCUUGUACGUCACCAGAGGAUACACACGGGGGAGAGGCUGCACUCCAGCUGUAAGGUGCCCCAGCCCGUCACCCCCUCUUCAGGGGAGAGCUGCCUGCAUGGUGGGGACACCGCAGAAAACCCGUCAAGUAGCGUCUGUAACCACCAUCACUCCGAGCACUGAAUGCUGCAGGAUAGCCGUGUCCGAGCGCUACCAGGCAUGGCCAGAUGGAUAAAAUAACAAAGGACGCUAGUCCUACAAGAUAUGCCGUUUUCCACGAGCUGACCGGAAAGUUGCCGAUACGUGGAGACUCAGCCAACGUAGUACAAACGAUAGAGAGACACGAUCCGCGUAGUACUACCAACACAGGGAGAGACAGGAUCCGCGUAGUACUACCAACACAGGGAGAGACAGGAUCCGCGUAGUACUACCAACACAGGGAGAGACAUGAUCCGCGUAGUACCACCAACACAGGGAGAGACACGAUCCGCGUAGUACUACCAACACAGGGAGAGACCCGAUCAGCGUAGUACUACCAACACAGGGAGAGACAGGAUCCGCGUAGUACUACCAACACAGGGAGAGACAGGAUCCGCGUAGUACUACCACCACAGGGAGAGACACGAUCAGUGUAGUACUACCAACACAGGGAGAGACAGGAUCCGCGUAGUACUACCAACACAGGGAGAGACAGGAUCCGCGUAGUACUACCAACACAGGGAGAGACAGGAUCCGCGUAGUACUACCACCACAGGGAGAGACACGAUCCGCGUAGUACUACCAACACAGGGAGAGACACGAUCCGCGUAGUACUACCACCACAGGGAGAGACACGAUCAGUGUAGUACUACCAACACAGGGAGAGACACGAUCCGCGUAGUACUACCAACACAGGGAGAGACAGGAUCCGCGUAGUACUACCAACACAGGGAGAGGCACGAUCAGUGUAGUACUACCAACACAGGGAGAGACACGAUCCGCGUAGUACUACCAACACAGGGAGAGACAGGAUCCGCGUAGUACUACCACCACAGGGAGAGACAGGAUCCGCGUAGUACCACCAACACAGGGGGAGACAUGAUCCGCGUAGUACCACCAACACAGGGAGAGACACGAUCCGCGUAGUACUACCAACACAGGGGGAGACCCGAUCAGCGUAGUACUACCAACACAGGGAGAGACAGGAUCCGCGUAGUACCACCAACACAGGGGGAGACAUGAUCCGCGUAGUACCACCAACACAGGGAGAGACACGAUCAGUGUAGUACCACCAACACAGGGAGAGACACGAUCAGUGUAGUACUACCAACACAGGGAGAGACAGGAUCCGCGUAGUACUACCAACACAGGGAGAGAGACAGGAUCCGCGUAGUACUACCAACACAGGGAGAGAGACAGGAUCCGCGUAGUACUACCAACACGGGGAGAGACACGAUCAGUGUAGUACUACCAACACGGGGAGAGACACGAUCAGUGUAGUACUACCAACACAGGGAGAGAGACAGGAUCCGCGUAGUACUACCAACACAGGGAGACAGACAGGAUCCGCGUAGUACUACCAACACGGGGAGAGACACGAUCAGUGUAGUACUACCAACACGGGGAGAGACACGAUCAGUGUAGUACUACCAACACAGGGAGAGACACGAUCAGUGUAGUACUACCAACACAGGGAGAGACACGAUCCGCGUAGUACUACCAACACAGGGAGAGACACGAUCCGCGUAGUACUACCAACACAGGGGGAGACCCGAUCAGUGUAGUACUACCACCACAGGGAGAGACAGGAUCCGCGUAGUACUACCACCACAGGGAGAGACACGAUCAGCGUAGUACUACCAACACAGGGAGAGACACGAUCCGCGUAGUACCACCAACACAGGGGGAGACAUGAUCCGCGUAGUACCACCAACACAGGGAGAGACAUGAUCCGCGUAGUACUACCAACACAGGGAGAGAGACAGGAUCCGCGUAGUACUACCAACACGGGGAGAGACACGAUCCGCGUAGUACCACCAACACGGGGGGAGACAUGAUCCGCGUAGUACCACCAACACAGGGGGAGACAUGAUCAGCGUAGUACUACCAACACAGGGAGAGACACGAUCCGCGUAGUACUACCAACACAGGGAGAGACAGGAUCCGCGUAGUACUACCAACACAGGGAGAGACAGGAUCCGCGUAGUACUACCACCACAGGGAGAGACCCGAUCAGCGUAGUACUACCAACACAGGGAGAGACCCGAUCAGCGUAGUACUACCAACACAGGGAGAGACAGGAUCCGCGUAGUACUACCACCACAGGGAGAGACCCGAUCAGUGUAGUACCACCAACACAGGGAGAGACAGGAUCCGCGUAGUACUACCACCACAGGGAGAGACCCGAUCAGUGUAGUACUACCAACACAGGGAGAGACAGGAUCCGCGUAGUACCACCAACACAGGGGGAGACAUGAUCCGCGUAGUACCACCAACACAGGGAGAGACAUGAUCCGCGUAGUACUACCAACACAGGGAGAAACAUGAUCCGCGUAGUACUACCAACACAGGGAGAGACGGGAUCCGCGUAGUACUACCAACACAGGGAGAGAGACAGGAUCCGCGUAGUACUACCAACACGGGGAGAGACACGAUCCGCGUAGUACUACCAACACAGGGAGAGACAUGAUCAGUGUAGUACUACCAACACAGGGGGAGACCCGAUCAGCGUAGUACUACCAACACAGGGGGAGACAUGAUCCGCGUAGUACUGCCACCACAGGGGGAGACAUGAUCAGUGUAGUACUACCAACACAGGGGGAGACCCGAUCAGCGUAGUACUACCACCACAGGGAGAGGGAGAGACCUGAUCAGCGUAGUACUGCCACCACAGGGGGAGACAUGAUCAGUGUAGUACUACCACCACAGGGGGAGACACGAUCAGUGUAGUACUACCACCACAGGGAGAGAGACACGAUCAGUGUAGUACUACCACCACAGUGUGACCUUACACGUUGUGAGACACGGGUCGGCUCAGUGUGACCUUACACGUUGUGAGACACGGGUCGGCUCAGUGUGACCUUACACGUUGUGAGACACGGGUCGGCUCAGUGUGACCUUACACGUUGUGAGACACGGGUCGGCUCAGUGUGACCUUACACGUUGU